AACAAUACAUACUGCAUAUAUAAUUCAUAUCUACCGAGUACAAAAAAUAAAAAAUUUCAAUCUUGCUCUCAGCAGGAUUGAGGAAUUCAUCCAAACAUUAUUAUGAUUUGUUGGAUUGCAUUACACUGGUAUGAUCAAAAUUGUCUGCAUAAAAAAAAAAAAACAAUCCAGUCAGUCAUCAAACGGUUGGCCGGCGCUCAAACUCACCAACCCCGGCAGGAUCAUCACUGCGAGGGGGAAGAACGUCGAUCCCGGUGACCGCCGCGUGAGGUGGUCCCCGCCUGCACCGCUCUUUCAUUUCCAGAACCUUCUCGCGGCUCCCUGAGAACAGCGCUUCGACCGUUCCAUCCCUCUGGUUCCUGACCCACCCUUUCAGCCCCAACUCCUUUGCAUUCUCCACUGUCCAGUCUCUAUAGAACACACCCUGCACCCUCCCCUUUAUCACAGCUCUAAUCUGUACUCAAAAAAACACACACUUUCCCGCAUCAAAUAUAACACGUCAUUCAAGUAAAGAAAGGAAAAAAAAAAGACAUAAUUAAAGGUUGGGAUCAGUGUACCAUAGGAGCUUAUUUGUGCAAGCUAUUUGCAAUAUCAUGUGAAUAUACUUUGUAUUCACAAUACCAAUCAUGCUAGAUAUAAAAAAAUGCUAGGGGAACCCCAAACAUUUGACACCAAAUGCACACCAAGGUGACAUUUAAUGUUGUGUGUCUGCAUUUGCCUUGGUGUACAUUUGGUGUCAAAAUCUCGAGGCCCCCCUAACACUCCACGCUACGUAUAUCACAAAGAUGGUACCCCAACUUGUACCUCAAAGAUUAAAACUUACGUUUUAAUGUCCAACAGGAUUGUAAAACUUCGCCCAGACAUUUCAUUGUGUAUCAGUGUUAGGCAUCAAAGUGUAAGUAAGUGUAAAUCUUUGUGAUACUAAUGGUUUUAUUGAGAAGAAUGUUAGGCGUACAAUUUAGGGUAUCUUCUAAAUUGCCUUGAAUUUUUAAUGGAUUCCAUAUAUUCUUGAGAAUUAGGCGAAUCAAAACUCGAGUUUGUUUCCAAUUAUUUCAAUUCUAGGCAAUGUAAUUCCUAGUAAUUCAAUUUCAACCACUAAAUCAACCCUGUUGAAGUCUAUCCCACAUCGGAACUUGUAGUGAAAAUAAAUCGGUAUAUAAGCUCUUGAGUUGAACUAAGUAAUUGAUUGGAUUCAAUCUUUUAAUGUGGUUCAGCCUAAGUGUUUAUUGCUCAAUCGAGUUAUCCAUACCCCAUCCUAAAUUCUUUCAUGGUAUCAGAGCCAAUUUUAGUCCACCUCGUGGCCAGUUGUCCGUGUGGUUCAGCCCAAGUGUCUUAUUGCCCAAUCGAGUUAUCCAUACCCCAUCCUAAAUUCUUUCAAACCCAAACGAGGCCUUACGAGUUAUCCCUAAAUGUUCUGCAUCGGAUCAAAUCCAUACACUUUGAGGAGGAAAGAAGAACUCACAGUUGUGAUAUCCGAGGAGGGAGGAGAGGCGGCGGCGGCGGCGGCGUCGGUGGACAUGGGAGAUGGCAGAGGAGGUUCGCGAGAUCUGAGGAGGAGAGGAAGGCAAAGGCGGAGAGGUAUUAAGGAAGGACGACGAUGAGGGACAAUUGUUCUACUAGUUACCGUAUUUCUCGCGGAGGCGAUGAAGCUCGGCCGCCGCCGCAGCCAUGGAUGGGGAUCUAGAUGGUUCCAGAUGAUCUGGGUUUCAACAUAUUUGAUGCUAAUACUGUUGCCAUUUCACUCUUUUGGCUCAUUUCAGAAUAAAAGGAAUGAACAUUA